AUGGUUCAGGCGUGCAGCCACGGCGCAGGCGUCGAGGAGACUUCGAAGACGGUCAAUGUCGUGUAUAUAAGAACAGGUCCGUGGUCUGCCAUCGACACAGCAUUUCUUUCGUCACUCUCCCGGACAAUCGAACUCCCUCGCAAGAAAGCCUUCCCCAACAACAUCAGCUUGAGUCGCGUCGGUAGCCAUUCCGCCGUCGGAAAACUCCAAUUUCACGGUUUCGGUCCAUCUCCCCACCUGUCCGAUUCUACCCCAAGUCUCGAUAGGAUCAGAGAUACCCCGCCCCCUCCAUCGAGAGAAAACAAAAAGGGCUCGUCCCCGUCUGUAAUCGUUCGGUAG